UUAUAGUCUGAGGAGGCAAAAUGUUAAAUCUACAUAGUACAGGGACCAAUUUGAAAUUUUACCCUAUUAUCAAUUAUUGAGGCAGCCCAUGAGCAUUUUAUCCACUUCUCCCGCCAUAUGGAUAAGAGACUUCACCACACACGCGUCAUCACUGAGUCUGGACCAUUACUCCCGCAAGCACUCCUCCACCUCUAUAAAUAACUGACCCAUGUUCAGAAUCUUCAUCUUCAACGCCAUCCACAGCCACAUUCCAAAUCAAACUCUUCCUUCUAAUGGCUUCCACAUCAUUUGCACUCCCGAAUCGCAAACUAGGCCGCAGAUUCUCCGCCAUUCCGCCGCCGCAUUCCCCGCUUCUCCGUGUCUCCUCCGGUUACGCCACCGCCGAGAGGAUCUCCGUCUGCCGAGACGGCAACGACUCGCCGACGGCGUACGAAGUGCUCGGGAUUCAGACCGGUGCGACGUGUCAGGAGAUCAAGUCCGCCUACAGGAAUCUGGCCAGAGUUUUGCAUCCAGACGUCGCGCCCAAGUACGGAGACGACGGCGCAUCUUCCGCCGACGAGUUUAUGCGAGUGCACGCGGCGUAUGCUACUCUCUCGGAUCCAGAUAAGCGGGCGGUUUACGACAACUCACUGUUCAUUCGACGGCGGAGUGCGGCGGCUUUUUCGGCUAGCGGUUAUUCCGAGGCGAGUGGCCGGAGGCGGACCUGGGAGACUGAUCAGUGCUGGUGAUGAAUUGAUCUCGACUUUAGGCUUUCGGUUUUGCAGUUAAUGAACUUUUGUACAGAUAUUUCACGCAAAGAUUCUCUGGUGAACAAUAUUUAAAGUUAUGGCUAGUGGACUUUGUGAUCAGAAAUAGAGUACCUAUGUAUAUAAUUAUGGUUUGUAAUUGGUCGAUACUUUGUCGUUAUAGUAAUGGCCAUGAAACUGAGAUUAUCAACCCUACUCUUAAGCCGUGUAGAGUUACUCUUCCAUUAUUCUUAAUAAUUUUUCUCAAUCAUAAUUAUUGAUUAAAAUUCAA